AUGGAUAGCCGGGUCUCGGGCACAGCCAGUAAUGGAAAGACAAAACCAGUGUACCCAGGCAUGGAAAAGGCGGAAGAAGGUGGCACCCUGGAGCGGGGGCACUGGAACAAUAAGAUGGAGUUUGUGCUGUCUGUGGCCGGGGAGAUCAUUGGCCUGGGCAACGUCUGGAGGUUUCCCUAUCUCUGCUACAAAAAUGGGGGAGGUGCUUUUUUCAUCCCCUAUCUCAUCUUCCUUUUCACCUGCGGCAUUCCUAUCUUCCUCUUGGAGACAGCACUGGGCCAGUACACGAGCCAGGGAAGCGUCACAGCCUGGAGGAAGAUCUGCCCCAUCUUUGAGGGCAUCGGCUAUGCCUCGCAGGUGAUCCUCAUGCUCCUCAACACCUACUACAUCAUUGUCCUGGCCUGGGCCCUCUUCUACCUCUUCAGCAGCUUCACCAUCGACCUCCCCUGGGGAAGCUGCUGCCACGAGUGGAAUACAGAACACUGUGUGGAGUUCCAGAGGAUCAAUGGCUCCCUGAAUAUGACCUCUGAGAAUGCCACCUCUCCUGUCAUUGAGUUCUGGGAGAGGCGAGUCCUGAAGAUCUCUGAUGGCAUCCAGCACCUGGGAGCCCUGCGCUGGGAGCUGGCCGUGUGCCUCUUGCUUGCCUGGGUCAUCUGCUACUUCUGCAUCUGGAAAGGGGUCAAGUCCACGGGCAAGGUGGUGUACUUCACAGCCACAUUCCCUUACCUCAUGCUGGUGGUCCUGUUGAUUCGAGGGGUGACACUGCCUGGGGCCGCCCAAGGGAUUCAGUUUUACCUGUAUCCAAACCUCACCCGCCUGUGGGAUCCCCAGGUGUGGAUGGACGCAGGCACCCAGAUCUUCUUCUCCUUCGCCAUCUGUGUAGGGUGCCUGACAGCCCUGAGCAGCUACAACAAGUUCCACAACAACUGCUACAGGGACUGCAUGGCCCUCUGCUUCCUCAACAGCGGCACCAGCUUUGUGGCCGGGUUUGCCAUCUUCUCCAUCCUGGGCUUCAUGUCCCAAGAGCAAGGGGUGCCCAUCUCCAAGGUGGCUGAGUCAGGCCCUGGCCUGGCUUUCAUUGCCUACCCCCGGGCCGUGGUGAUGCUGCCCUUCUCCACCCUCUGGGCCUGCUGCUUCUUCUUCAUGAUCAUCCUCCUGGGACUGGAUAGCCAGUUUGUGUGCGUAGAGAGCCUGGUGACAGCGCUGGUGGACAUGUACCCCCAGGUGUUCCGCAAGAAGAACCGGAGGGAGGUCCUCAUUCUCGGAGUGUCUGUCAUCUCCUUCCUUGCUGGGCUGGUCAUGGUCACAGAGGGCGGUAUGUACGUGUUUCAGCUCUUUGACUAUUACGCAGCCAGCGGCAUGUGCCUCCUGUUUGUUGCCAUCUUUGAGUCCCUCUGUGUGGCUUGGGUCUAUGGAGCCGGGCGCUUCUAUGACAACAUUGAAGAUAUGAUUGGGUACAGGCCUUGGCCUCUUAUCAAAUAUUGUUGGCUCUUCCUCACACCGGCUGUGUGCACAGCCACCUUCCUCUUCUCCCUAAUCAAGUACACCCCGCUGACCUACAACAAGAAGUACACGUACCCUUGGUGGGGGGAUGCCCUGGGCUGGCUCCUGGCUCUGUCCUCCAUGGUCUGCAUUCCCACAUGGGGCUUCUACAAACUCAGCACCCUCAAGGGCUCCUUCAGAGAGAGAAUUCGCCAACUCGUGUGUCCCGCUGAGGAACAGGCCCAACGGAGCCAAGCAGGACCCUCUGCCCCUGCCACACCCAGGACGUCACUUCUCAGGCUCACAGAGCUGGAGUCUCACUGCUAG